CUCUAGCUUUUCCUCCUUCCUCUAUCCGGUUAUGGGGGUCUGCUAGAAAGGCACUUAGACACAGCAGCGCACGAAAAUACGCUCAACGUCUGGUUAGGGACCGAAAAAAACAAGCUUUUUAAAACACAGUACGAAGAUGCCCGUGGCUGUAGGUCCAUAUGGACAGACCCAGCCCAGCUGUUUUGACCGGGUCAAGAUGGGCUUCAUGAUGGGGUUUGCAGUAGGAAUGGCUGCUGGAGCCAUGUUUGGCACUUUCUCCUGUCUCAGGAUUGGCAUGCGUGGCAGGGAGCUGAUGGGAGGAGUGGGGAAGACAAUGAUGCAGAGCGGUGGCACAUUUGGCACCUUCAUGGCCAUCGGGAUGGGGAUCCGCUGUUGAGGAUGAUCAAGUAACCCCCCCACCCCACCCCACAAAAGAACCACACAGCUAUGGGACUUUUCUAAGAACUACACACACAGCAUGCUGUCUGCUCCAUGCUGCUCCUUCAACCUACGGCCUAGUUUUAUCAAUAAAAGUUCACAUUUGUCAAACAGC